AUGUCGACCACUACCACCCUUAAGGGUCAGCCCCUUGAUCGUCAGGUCCUCGAUUCCAUGUUGAGGCGGCGGAUGUUCUACACUCCUUCUUUCGAAAUCUACAACGGAGUCGCUGGUCUUUAUGACUAUGGCCCACCCGGUUGCGCUCUCCAGGCAAAUGUUAUUGACCUAUGGCGCAAACAUUUCGUCCUAGAAGAAGAUAUGUUGGAGCUGGAUUGUACGGCAUUAACUCCAGCUGAAGUUCUCCAAACUAGUGGCCAUGUAGAUAAGUUCGCAGAUUGGAUGUGCAAGGACCCUAAGAACGGUGAUAUUCUACGAGCGGACCAUUUCGUUGAAGACAUACUCGAGUCGAGAUUGAGAGGUGACAAGGAGGCUAGAGGUGUUAAGAUCGUCGAGGAAGAAGAGGACCCAUCUAAAAAGAAGAAGAAGAAGAAGACCAAGGGUAUUGAAGCCGUGAAGCUCGAUGACUCAGUUGUUCAGGAAUACGAGGAGAUCUUGGCUAAGAUUGAUAACUACAAUGGCGAAGAGCUCGGUCAAUUGAUUAAGAAGUACGAAAUGAAGAAUCCAGACACUGGCAUGGAGCCUUCCGCACCAGUAGCCUUUAACCUCAUGUUCCAGACUGCAAUUGGCCCAAGUAGCAACACUCCAGGUUAUCUACGACCAGAAACUGCUCAAGGUCAAUUCCUCAACUUUGCCAAGCUUCUUGAGUACAAUCAACAGCAAAUGCCAUUUGCUUCGGCUUCCAUUGGCAAGUCAUACAGAAACGAGAUCUCUCCGCGUGGUGGUCUGCUAAGAGUUCGAGAAUUUUUGAUGGCUGAAAUUGAGCAUUUUGUCGACCCUGAAGGUGGCAAGAAGCACGACCGUUUCAAUGAUGUCAAAGAUGUAGAGCUUGUUUUGUUGAAUCGCCAUACUCAACUAGCCGGUAAAACCGACGUUGAAAAAAUGGCUAUCGGCAAGGCCGUUGAAAAUGGCACUGUUGAUAACGAAACUCUCGGCUACUUUUUGGCACGAAUCCAACUCUUUCUGGCAAAAAUUGGUGUAGACCAAUCUAAAGUUAGAUUCAGACAGCACAUGGCUAACGAGAUGGCUCAUUAUGCUGCGGAUUGCUGGGAUGCUGAGCUGCAUACUAGCUCUGGUUGGGUUGAGUGUGUUGGUUGUGCAGAUAGAAGUGCUUAUGAUCUCAGCGUACACGCAAAGAAGACUGGUGCGCCAUUGAUGGUACGCCAAAGAUUGGAUACCCCAAUCACUAUCGAGGAAUGGCAGAUUGAUCUCGACAAGAAAAAGUUCGGCCCUCAAUUCAAGAAGGAUGGCAAGGCAGUCGAGGCUGCUAUUGAGGCUCUGUCGCAAGAAAAGCGAGAAUCGUUUGCAAAAGAACUCAAGGAUAAUGGAAAGAUUGUCAUUGAGGUCGACGGGAUUGCCGACGGUAAGGCUGAAGUUGGUGCCGAUCUUAUCAAGAUUGAGCUCCGAACCAGGGUUGAAAACACGAGGGAAUACACCCCAAAUGUAAUUGAACCCUCAUUUGGUAUUGGUAGAAUUUUGUACGCCUUGAUGGAGCACAACUACUGGACCCGUGGCAGUGAAGGUGGUGAUGAAGCACGUGGUGUCCUCUCCUUCCCACCAAUUGUUGCCCCUACUAAAGUACUACUCGUUCCCCUCUCUUCUCAUGAGAGUUUCAAACCCUUCCUGAAGCAAAUCUCAUAUAAACUCCGAUCCAUGGGUAUCUCCAGCCGUGUUGAUGACUCUUCCGCAUCCAUUGGCAAGCGUUACAGCCGAAACGAUGAACUUGGUACUCCUCUUGGUAUCACGGUUGACUUCCAAAGUGUCAAUGAUAGCACAUUCACUUUGAGAGAUAGAGAUUCCACCAAGCAAGUCCGUGCAUCCCAGGAAAAGAUCCUGGCGGCUAUCAAAGAGUUGGUCGACGGCACCAAGGUUUGGGCAGAUAUUGAGAAAGAACUACCAAUUUUCGAGGGUCAAGAAGCUGAGAUUCCUGCUCGUUAA